AAAUGACUACACUUCAUGUUCGUCAACAGCCAUUUUGUUACAAACCUCUGCGCAUUAAUAAAUGGAAGAUAUAUUUUAGAGUGAACGCUAGAUGGCACCGCAAGUGCAACGUGUUUAUCUCGAGCCGAUAAAAGUGUUUCUCGAAAAAUAAUAGAAUAGCAAGUUACAACAAAUUCGUAUUGAAAUCAGAGACAGAUAUGACAAUCCGUUUUACCCCGCAAUAAAAAAAGAUUUCUUUUUCUCUGUGUUACUAUCGCCAUCACCGGUCAGAUUUCUACUUAAUUCUAUACAUGCACUCGCGGAAUAUUUCUGAAGCAUCGCGCUAGCGCUGUAGCGUUCUGGCGCGCUAGCAUUGUGUCAAAUAUUCGGUGUAUUUCAAAAACGAUUAAAUUAAUGAAAAAAAUAGCAAUUUUCCCGAAAUCAGCAUUCAAUUUUGAGUGUAUCCUGUGAUAUUCAACCCAUUCCGGUGAGUGUCAGUUUUUCCCGAAUAAAAAUUUAAGCCCGACCCAUAAAUAAGCCCGACUCAUCAAUAAGCCCGACUUUCUGCUACAUGGCGCUAGCGCUGUAACGUACUGGCGCGCUAGCAUUGCGCCAAAUACUCGGCGUAUUUCAAAAACGGUUAGCUUAAUGGAAAAAAUUGCAAUUUUCUCGGAAUCAGCAUUCAAUUUUGAGUAUGUUCUGUGAUAUUCAACCAAUUCCAAUGAGUGUCAGUUUUUGCAGAAAAAUUUUUUAAGCCCGACUAAAUAAGCUCGACUAAAUAAGCCCGACUUUUCGUUUGAGUGUGUAGAGAAUUAACUAGAAAUCUGACCGGUAGAUGGCGGUAGCAGCAAAACAUAAAAAACUAAAUAUUUUUUUUUUCGCGGGGGGGCUGGGGGAGGUUUAACGCAUUGCCAUAGAUCUCAGAUUGAUAAGGCUAGCUAGCCUUAAUGCUUACAUAUUUGAAACCAAAGAUUUGUUUUGUGCAAAAAAAAAAAUAACAUGAAUAAACCAGUCGUUAUUCAUUGGUUUCGCAAAGGACUUCGCCUACACGAUAAUCCUGCUUUAUUGUCUGCUCUUGAAAAGGUUGGGGAAAGCCAUUAUGAACUGAGACCAGUCUUCAUUCUGGAUCCAUGGUUUGUUAAAAAUGCAAGAGUAGGCCCUAAUCGUUGGAGGUUUCUCAUUCAAAGCCUUCAAGAUUUAGAUAACAACUUGAAAAAAAUUGGGUCUCGCCUGUUUGUUGUGAAAGGGUCGCCUUUGGAAGUAUUCAAGAAACUCUUGAAGGAAUGGAAUGUAAAAAAACUGACUUUUGAGGUUGAUAUAGAACCUUAUGCAAAAAGUAGAGAUGAAGAAAUAAAACAGCUUGCUGAAAAGCACUCUGUCACCGUAAUUACAAAAGUGUCCCAUACAAUUUAUGAUUUGGAACAGGUUUUCAAAGCAAAUGGUAACAAAGCCCCACUGACCUAUGUAAAGUUCCAGUCUGUGGUAGCGAAAUUUGGAAUUCCCCAAAAGGCAUUUGAUUCCCCAGGAAGCUUGCCAAAGCAGUGCCAGACUUUGCUUUUGUCUGAAGACUAUAAUGUUCCGCAUUUGGAGGAGAUGAGAGUUGACUUGACGGGAUUAGGGAAAGAGCUAUUUCGUGGCGGCGAGAGUGAAGCUCUAAUCAGAUUGAAUAAGUACAUGAAUCAACAGGAAUGGGUGUGUAAAUUCAGUAAACCAGAUACAUCACCAAAUAGCAUGGAACCAUCAACCACUGUGUUGAGUCCCUAUCUCAAAUUUGGAUGCUUGUCGCCUCGCCUAAUGUACCAUCGGAUUCAUGACGUAGUUGCUGGUCGAAAACAUACCAGUCCACCGACGUCAUUGACUGGUCAGUUGCUUUGGCGAGAGUUUUACUAUACUUGUGGCGCAUAUGUUCCUAAUUUUGACAGAAUGGAGGGAAAUCCGAUUUGCAAGCAAAUCCCAUGGAAACGUGAUCGAGAAGAUAAAAAUUAUCUUGCUUGGAAAGACGGACAAACAGGAUAUCCGUUCAUAGAUGCCAUCAUGACGCAAUUAAGGACAGAAGGUUGGAUCCACCACUUGGCCAGGCAUGCUGUUGCAUGCUUCCUAACACGUGGAGAUUUAUGGGUAUCAUGGGAACUUGGACAAGAGGUUUUUGAAGAGCUGCUAUUAGACGCUGAUUGGUCGUUGAACGCUGGAAACUGGAUGUGGCUCUCUGCAUCAGCUUUCUUUCACCAGUACUUCCGUGUUUAUAGCCCAAUAGCCUUUGGCAAAAAAACCGACAAAAAUGGCGAUUACAUCAAGAGGUAUCUGCCGGUUUUGAAGAAGUUUCCAUCAGAAUACAUUUAUGAACCCUGGAAAGCUCCUUUAAGUGUCCAGCAAAAGGCUGGAUGCAUUAUUGGAAAAGACUAUCCGAAGCGAAUAGUAGACCAUGAAAUUGCCGUAAAAGAGAAUUUAGCCAAGAUGAAGGAAGCCUAUCAAGGCCAUAAAGAAGAAGAUUGAGUUUUGUGCAGGGUCUGAAAAUGUAACUGCUAAACGAAAAAAAGCGCCUUCUAAGGACUCUCCACCCAAAAUAACAAAAUUCUUGAAAAAGAAAUAACUCGUACCCAACACGAACAGUAACCUUUGGAUCUAAGAAAGUGCAAUUAUAAAAAUGUUCUAUGUACAUCGUUCCUUUUUUUUUCAUCAAAUACAUUGUAAAUUGAUACGUA